AUGUUUCAGAUCUCAACACCCAAUAUAUACGACGAUGAUUACAGCAGAUAUUACAACGGAAACUUACCACAGUUAGAAGAGCUUCUAAUGCCUCCAACGCAGCCACCUUCACAGAUAAUUCGGCUGGUAUUUGGGGCAUGGCCACUUCCAAACUAUCUCUAUCAGGUUGUUCCUGAAGGGAUUCUGUCGUACUUGCCUGCUUCCUUUUUCCCUGUCGAGAUUGUGGCAGUGUCUCCACUCCACAGAGGCAUUAGCAAAACUCAUGCAUUUCCUCUCAUCACCAAAAGAUUCCAAAUCGAUAAAUGCAUUAAUAACAAUUUCCUGGCUCAGAUGUAUUGCAACCCCUGUUCAAAGCAACCAAUAGUGAGAAAAUGA